CGGCCAUUAAACAAAGAGAGCCACAUAUAACAAAACGUGUGGCCAAUAUUAAAAACAUCUGAUUAAAAUUUGUAAAUAAGGCUGCAAACGGGAGUUUUAAAAGUGCAUUUUCCGCCGGAUUUCGAUUGUUUUGAGUGCAAAAUUGCGCUCUAAGAGUGCGGGCGUUAUUUGGGUCGUUACUGUUGGUGUGUUGUGUGUCGAAUCGAUAAAACGUCCACUCCUAGCCCAUGACCAACUUAUAGACAGUCUGACCGGUGGUCAAUAGGAGCAAAUCAGUGUCCUUUCCGACAGGACAAUGGACAAAGAAGGCAGUUCCAAGGAACACGAGGAUUUGGAGGAGGACAAGCCGCUGAAGAAAGCCAGAUUCAUGUGGGAGGUUAAGGGCAAGGGCUAUCUGAAACAGGGCUCGGAUAGUGGGCCUUUGGUGGCAGUUGCCAGUGUUACGGAUACUCCCAGCAGCUCUUCGAGGGACAGACUCCCAGCCAUUUCAGGGGCAAGCACUCCUGCCAAUGCUUCCUGUUGCACUCAAGCUCUGCUGGCUGAAGCUCAGGCAAUUAUCGACGAGUACAGUUCGGAUGAGGAGGAAAACAGUGCCCCAUCUCGUUCAGUUUCUCCUCGUCAUCCACUCGAUCAAAAUGGCAGAAAACAAGACUAUUUCCUGCAGAAAUGGCAGGCCCGGCAGAUUGCUAGAGGGUUUGUGGACAACACAAUCAACAGCAUGUUGGAGACUUGGGAAAAUCGGCCCUUUGACGCCUCCAAUUUCGUCGAUGAAUGCGAAAAUGAGGGACAAGUUUCGCUGGUGGAAGAUGACGCCAUUCUAAUGGCCAUUCAGUCCCAUGGGUUGCAGUCAAGUUGGUCAAACACCAACAACUCCUUUAACGUCUCCAACCUGAACUCCAAUUCCAACUCCAGCUUCAACUCCAAUAUUUCCAUAGCUGGAAGCAGUAGGAGCGAGUCGCUGACCGACACCAAUGUAUCAGUCCUACAAGAGUCGUCUGUGGAGAAUCGGGAAAAUCUGCAGAAAGAACAGGAAAUUCAGUCGUCAGGGACUCAAUCCCCCAACGCGAGCGUAUAUGAUCAGGAAAUGAAGGAUCCCAUGGACUUCCUAAAUGCGGCCGUAUCAGUGGCUAUUCAGAAAAAAGGCCUCACGUAUGCAUAACUCCAGCAAUCAGUAUUAUUAUAUUCUAUACAGACAUGUUUCGCAAAACUCUAUGUUCUGUUUGUAUUUGUGUAUGUAUGUUUUUGUAAUAUUUCCUAAUUUCUACAAAGAAUUUAUGUUAUUAUUAAUAGAUUUUUAAAUAAAAA